GCCAACAGUUUCCACUCUUGUCAAAUUGUAUAUUAAUAUUACCUAUACUACUAUUACUAUUACUAGUAUUUACUUGUGCUGGGUUGCUGAUACUUAAAACGCGACACUGUUUUGCGUUAAACGUACAUGUGUAGGAAUAUAACAAUCUCACGAAUCUUUUGCCAGACAAUCAUACACGAAUACAUUCUUAUAGAAGGGUUCUAUUCGUUCUGUCCUCAGCAGACGUCGGACCUGGAUACUUUGCUGUGCAGGCAAGACAUCGACCGUUUGCAGAGGCUGGAAGAAGAUGAGUCCGACGCAAGGGAUACUCGGGAGCCGUCGUCGAUGCACAUGGAGGACUUCUUCGAGGUCGGCGGUCCCGCGGUAUGCCGGCCGCAACAAGCCACCUUUGUACCCACCAGAGGUCAACCGACGACCACCGGUCAGGAUGACGAUGUGUUUCUCAGGCCACCGCUCUGGGAGGAUAUUACGUCGAGUAUCCAGAAGUUAGACCCAGAGAAUGCGGACAUGUUGGGCUCGCAGUCCCACGUGAAAAUGGAAACGGACGAUGUGACACCACCACCGGUUCUGUCUCCGGUGGAGAUCAAGACGGAACCGUUACCACCACCACCAACCCUGCAUCUUCUCGAGGGACCGACCACGAACCCCGCACAAAACCCCUUUUCGAAUCCCUCCAGUGUUCAGCACGUCGUCCAUCAUCGAACGACAACGACGACGACGACGACGUCCACGGCGGCUCUUUUCAAGACAUUUCCCAACAAUAAUAACAACAACAACAACAAUAGCGGGACUGUCAAUAGUAAUAAUGCGAACGGGACUAAUACCGGUAGCAAUAACGGUAGCAGCAACGGCGCCAACAACAGCAGCAACAACAAUAACAACAACAACAAUAAUAGCGGUAAUAGUGACUCGUCGACGACGAGUCAUCACCAGGCAAACAGUAAUGCGACGUCGCCUCUGUACGGCUCGAUGACGAGGCUGAUGUACAUUUCACCGCUGACGCCACCGAUUUCCGAUCCCGGUUCACCCAUCGGCGGCGGUCCACCCAGGCGGACACCGCCACCCCCGUACCCCCAGCCGGGCCCGAUUCUGAAUCCGGCUCAUAGGAUCCAGUCAUCAUCGAUGUCGAACAAAUUCAAUAGGCGGAACAACCCGGAGCUGGAAAAGCGUCGAGUGCACCACUGCGAUUUUAUAGGUUGUGCGAAAGUCUACACGAAAAGCUCGCAUCUGAAGGCCCAUCAGCGAAUACACACGGGCGAGAAACCGUAUCAGUGUCAAUGGCCGGAAUGCGAGUGGCGAUUCGCCAGAAGCGACGAAUUGACGCGGCAUUACCGCAAGCACACCGGGGCUAAGCCCUUUAAAUGCGCGGUCUGCGAGCGCUCUUUCGCCAGGAGCGAUCAUCUCGCGCUGCACAUGAAGCGGCACCUCCCGAAGCAGCACACCAAGUGAGCAGAGCGAGAAAGAGAGAGAGACUGUCUUCUUUUGCAUCCCGUUCGUUCUCGACUACUCGUGUUGGACGCGCGCGCGCACGCGUGCACGCUGUGUGCGUACUUUUCGCCAUUCAGGCCAAGAGACGUGGAGCUUUUCACUUGAGUAUCCGUCAGUUGAAGAAGCCCGAAAGCCCAGCUGUGGAAAUCACCAAGAGAAGAGUGACAAAAGCUAUCUUUUGAGUAAUAUUAUUGUCUCUGAGGUAUCUUUAUCUGCUUGAAUAGAUACCUGUCGGGAACGACACUUCGACACCGUAUUAUGGAUGUUGUAUGCGUUUGCGUGGUUUUACGCUGCGUCUUAUGCAAGUCUGCGCUUCCGUUAUAUUCCCAUACGAUUUCGCGAUGAUUUCAGACCUGGCUUUGGGCCCGAUCGUUGGUCCCAAUUCGCAAUAUAAUACAAUAUCGAACGAACGCUCGAACAGCGAGCCGUCUUGGCUCGAUAGCUUCAGGUACACUCACUACCGUUCGGUUAAGCGAUUAUGACGAAACACAUCCUCUCGGUGUGGGUGGUGAUCGCGAGGAAAUAUUUCGUCAUAGCGCAAUACACACUCAUGGACAAUCCGAGUGAGAGAUAUUACGAUCUCCGUUCAGUAAUAUAGCGUGUUCGACACCGACGGAUGGACCCGUGCCAUUAUAGAACCUAUGAAGAAAAGUGAAGCCAAUGCUCUCGAAAGGUAAAAGCGAAAAUGUUUGUCUUAAAGCGGGGAUACACGUUUCUUAUUAAUGAUAUGUAUUGUACUUACUACAAUUUAUUUCAGAUCUGUGACUGUAUGUUAUGCGAUUAUAUAGAAUUGUGAUAUACCUGUUUUUAAUUCAAUUAUUCAAUGUUGAUAGAAUGUAACUCCACAAAUGUUUUUUUUAAUCUCCGUUUUGUUGGAAAUUGCAUUCAUCAAACAUACUCAAAAACUUAAAUGCAAAUCAAUAAGAUAUUCGAAAUUUGCUACAACUUACGUUUUUAUCAUUUACAAUUUUUAUAAAAAAACAUUAAUUGUGUUUGUUUUUUAAUUGUAAUAUAAAUAAUUCUAUGAUUAUCGUUAUAUAUUUUUAAUAUGAAUUUUUAAUACUAAAUUAUCACAGAGAAAUAUAAUUGACUACAUUUUGAUCAAAGCAUUUACAUUUAUAUAUUAUGAUAAUGUGCGAUCAUUGCAAUUUAUUAACGUGCGUUUUCAUAAAAUAUUCUGCUACAAAUUAAAGAUUAAAGGCAGAAGCAACUUUGGAUAGAAUCAGCUUUACCACACUCAUAUGUAUACUUUUCGAAGCGGUUUCUUCGAUAAUCAAAAGGAGAAGUAUUUGCUCCCUACUUGACUUGUACACGACCCGUCGCCUCCACGACGUUCUCGAGUCCUGAGCGAAAUGAUUUGCCAGAUUAAAGCCACGCUAUCUUGAAAUUAUCGCUAUCUCGAAAUUGGCUGCGACUCGAGAUAUCCUGUUUGGCGUGUAAACGAUCGCUUGCACGCUCGAGCUCAAGUCGAAGAAGCUUAAUCCGCGUCUCGCGCCGCGUGCAUCAUCCUGCGUCAUUUCGAUAGUCGUCGCUAACGCGAAAUUCGCCUCGAUAUUUACCGAACCUCCUCGAUAGCAAAAACAGAUAGAAAAGCGAGUAUCACGCUUCGUCGUUAUCACAUAUAUUCGUACGUGUGUGAGAAACGGCGCGAUAUCGUGAUGCCUUAUGUACAAAUUCGCGUAGAGUCUUGAAGAAGAGAUAAGAUGUCUUAUGGCGGUCGAUAUGCGUGUGCAUGUGUGGAUGUACGUGCGAAUGUGUUAUGUCGAUAUUGCGAGUGUGUAUUUAUGCGUAUUCUACACACGAUAGUCUAUGUAUGUGCUUGUGUAUACGUGUAAAAAAAAAGAACACAAAGAACAGAAGAUACGCAUCUGAUAGCCAUGUAGCUAGUGUAAUAUUAUCUGUAUAUUACGCGGAGCGAUGGGCCGGGAAUAAUUCGUUCUCACGCGUGCUCCGAUCGGUCCGAUCCGAUCCAUCGCUCGUUCACCGUGCUUCGCGCGAAAGGCGUAGACAUUUCGCGUAUAGAUCGUGCGCUUUGCGCGAAAACGCAAGAGGGGAACUCGUAGUCAGGAACGAUUCCAAGUAGAAAGAGAAUCUAUGGCUUUUAGAUGUCGGGUCCUUCAAUCGUUACGGGAUUUCAUGAAAUAAUCUUUCUAGGAAGAUAUAUACAUAUACAUAUACAUGCAUAUAUGUGGUGUUUUUGUAUCAUUUUUAAUUACAUACAUACCACUUUCUUAUUUUGUAAUAUUUUCGUUGAGAUACAGGGGAAGAUGAUCAUCCAUCUUCUUCCCCUGUAUCUGAUUUUAAGCUUUAAAGCUGCGCACUAUCAAAGAUUUUUCAUGACAAAAUGUUGUUAUUCUACAAUGCUUGCUUGUCUUUUUGAUUACGAGGAUGAUGGAGGAUGACAUCCUUUUAACGUUUCAUUUUCAAAAGCUUUUCGGACUUUGAGCCGUAAAACGUUACCACCCGUCCGUUCCUGGCGCUAAAAUAAAGACAACGCGCUAGAGAAAGAGGGAAGAGUCAGCGAAGAGCAAUUCGCGUAUUGCAGACGUUCCGUUAGGUUCCGAUACGAGCGUCCCUCGGGAAGGCGCGCAGGAGGCCAAAAAUUCUGUCCGUAGUCGUCGCUUUGUAUACAAUGCGCGAUCGUUGUAAUUGAUCGAUCGGAUCGUUAUGUAGUUACGUAGUUGAGCGUUAGACGGAGAACGAAGUAACGUGUCUAUUUAUAUCCGUCUCUCCCUGUUCGCCUGCCUAUCCGUUUCUCGUCACCGCAUUCUUCCAAAGGAGAUUGAUUCCUUCGACUCGUCGUCGUCGUUUCCUUCACUUGCGUUGCACUCGCGACACGUGCGUCCGUGUUUUUUUAUUUCGCCACCUGAUUUACCUCAUGUUCUCUCUUCCUCUUCCGCUCUUUCUCCUCUCGUCCUCUCCUCUUGUUCUCUUCACCUUUCGUUCACCGACGGCGAUCCUCUCCCGUCCUAGCUUGCUCGCCCGUUAGGUCGACUUUUAUCGAUUAUUUGGACAUGCGAAAUAUACCUCAUUUUUGCAAACGUGCAACAACAGACCAGCCGCGACCUCAAACGCGCUAAUCACAUUUUUACGCAUCUUCUACUCUCGACUUCAAUCUGUCCAUAUUUACGAGACGUUGUAAUUUGUGUGUUGUGUAAUUUAAAUAUACAAUGGUAUAUCUCUGUA